AUGGAAGGGAAGCCAUCGGCCCAUCGCUCUUCUCCGGAGGGGUUCUCAGACCUUGAGUUUCACACCAUCUUGCUGGUCCAGCCCUCCAAGAGGCCCGAGGGCAGGACGUACGCUGACUACAGCUCUGUGAACGGAUGCAUGGAAGGCGUCUGCAAGAUGUACGAAGAACAUCUGAAGAGGAUGAGUCCCGACUGCCCCUCCAUCACCUACGACAUCAGUCAGCUGUUUGACUUCAUCGAUCAUCUGGCGGAUCUCAGCUGCCUUGUUUACCGAGCGGAUACCCAGACAUACCAGCCUUACAAUAAAGACUGGAUCAAAGGGAGGAUCUACGCGCUCCUUCGUGCGCAGGCCCAAAGGCCCGGAAAUAACUGA